CCCUUUCAAUUUCUCUCUCCUGAAAAUCAAAUAUUCGUCCCACGCUUUCCUCUCCCAAAUGUUUCUCUCUCUAGAUUUGUCUCCCCUUACAUAAAUACACCAACAACUCUUUUUUUCACACCGUUAUUUCUCAUUUUCCCCAAUCUAUAUCUCUACGGACUACGGUUAUAGCUACGCGCGUAGAGGCUUCGCCUAGGGUUUACCGGGGAGAUAGAGAAAGAGAGCAGCAGAUAUGGGGCAGCAAUCGUUGAUCUACAGCUUCGUGGCGCGCGGCACCGUGAUCCUGGCCGAGUACACUGAGUUCACCGGCAACUUCACCGGAAUUGCCGCGCAGUGCCUCCAGAAACUCCCGGCCUCUAACAACAAGUUCACCUACAACUGCGACGGCCAUACUUUCAAUUACCUCGUUGAGGAUGGAUUCACAUAUUGUGUUGUGGCUGUUGAAUCUGUUGGAAGACAGCUUCCUAUUGCAUUUCUUGAGCGAAUCAAGGAGGAUUUUACCAAGAAAUAUGGCGGAGGAAAGGCUGCUACAGCUGUUGCCAACAGCCUGAAUAAAGAGUUUGGGUCCAAAUUGAAAGAGCAAAUGCAGUACUGUGUUGAUCACCCAGACGAGAUCAGUAAACUUGCGAAGGUGAAAGCUCAAGUUUCAGAAGUUAAAGGAGUUAUGAUGGAAAACAUUGAAAAGGUUCUUGAUCGCGGAGAGAAAAUUGAGCUCCUUGUUGAUAAAACUGAGAAUCUUCGUUCCCAGGCUCAAGAUUUUAGGACACAGGGAACUAAGAUGAGAAGAAAGAUGUGGCUGCAAAAUAUGAAGAUAAAGCUUAUUGUUCUUGCCAUUAUCAUUGCCUUGAUCUUAAUCAUAGUUCUAUCGGUGUGUGGUGGAUUCAAUUGCGGUAAUAAGUAAGUGUCUGUUUGCAUAUAUAGGUUGUCCUCAUUGACAGACAGAACACACACUAUAAUGCAUCUUUGCGUUAUGAGCUUUGUUUCCCAUAAUUUUUGUGACAUGUUUUGCUCCUUUUGCUCUAUCCUGUAUUUUUGUGAGAUAAUAUUUGUUGUAUAUUUUGUAUUCUGAAUUGUAUUAGAAGAGUCGUUUGCGGCAACGAGCUCUGCAUUUUUACAUUGAAAAAUAGUUUAUCAGAGCAUCAUUUUAUUUUUGGGAAUGAAA